AUGCAUUAUCCUAUGAACCUCUUCUGCUUGCUAAUUUUCGUUGUAAUUGUUAAUUCUAUACCUAACUACUACGAAAUAUUAAAAGUCUCUAAAGAUGCAUCCACCAGAGAGAUCAAAACCGCAUACAAAAGAUUAAUGUUAAGAUAUCAUCCAGACAAAAAUAAAGAUAACCCUGACGCUUUGGAAUAUUCCAAGAAAAUAAUUGAGGCUUAUGGAAUUCUUUGCGAUGAGAAAAAUAGGAUGGAGUAUGAUAAAGAAGUAAACAAAUCUUCUGGAUCACCUACUACUUUUGGAGAAUCCUCUCCAUCGUCUAGUGGAUCAGCUACUACUUCUGGAGAAUCCUCUCCAUCGUCUAGUGGAUCACCUACUACGUCUGGAGAAUCCUCUCCAUCGUCUGUUGGAUCACCUACUACGUCUGGAGAAUCCUCUCCAUCGUCUGUUGGAUCACCUACUACGUCUGGAGAAUCCUCUCCAUCGUCUGUUGGAUCACCUACUACGUCUGGAGAAUCCUCUCCAUCGUCUGUUGGAUCACCUACUACGUCUGGAGAAUCCUCUCCAUCGUCAAGUGGAUCACCUACUACAUCUGGAGAAUCAUCUCCUUCGUCUGAUGGAUCAUAUCCGACCUUUGCUGGAUCUUCGCCAAAAAGAAAGAAAGCACGUACAAAUUUCGGUAUUUCAUAUUAUUAUACCUUUUUGCCACAUGAUUAA